AUGGCAAGAUUAACAGAUGUCGUGUUCUACUCCCUUCUCCCCGCCGUCAUCCUCAUACAUCUGCUCGCCGCGCCAUACACCAAAGUCGAAGAGUCGUUCCACAUCCAGGCAACGCACGACAUCUUAACAUACGGGAUCCCUUCGCCUCUUCGUCUUGACUCUGCAGCUGUUGCGAGCCAAUUCAGGUCUAAUUAUGACCAUUUCAGCUUCCCAGGGGCUGUCCCCCGGACCUUUAUUGGAGCGCUAGGUCUCGCUAGUGCGUCGUGGCCUAUUGUAUGGCUCCAUGAGCAUGUUGACCGGCAAUUUCUAGCCCGCGCCAUUCUCGGCCUCUUCAAUGCCUUGUCCUUGAAUUCCUACGCGCGUGGGUUGCAGAAGGCUUUUGGCAGUGCGACGGCGUACUGGUAUCUGAUUUUCCAGGCCAGUCAGUUCCAUGUCGCUUACUAUGCAUCGCGGACGUUGUCAAAUAUGUUUGCCUUUGGUCUGACCACCAUUGCGUUGCGACUUCUUCUCCCCUGCCCUAAUGCCAGCAACAAGUCUUCCACCUCGUCUGGUAACUGUAGAUACCGUCUCUCUCUCAUUCUCUUCACCGUGACUGGCAUCAUAUUUCGUUCCGAGCUUGCCUUACUACUAGCAACAAACACCGCCUACUUUCUCCUUAGCCGACGCAUUCGCAUCCAACAAGACAUUCUGCCAGCAGGGAUCAUUGGAUUGCUCGUCGGCCUCACGGCAACUGUUGUCAUUGACUCGUACUUCUGGCAAGAAUUUCCCCUCUGGCCCGAGUUCAACGCAUUCAAGUUCAAUGUCGUGUCCGGGCAAGCCUCCGCCUGGGGUGUCGAUCCUUGGUACUUUUACUUUGUCAAUGCUCUUCCUCGUCUUCUCCUAAACCCGUUAAGUUGGCUAGUGGGUAUCCCUGUAUCUCUACUAGCGGAUGCAACAAGACCGACAUCUUUAUCGCUACUCGUCCCUUCGUUGGUCUUUGUUGCCAUCUACAGUAUACAGCCUCACAAGGAAUGGCGGUUCAUCAUCUAUAUCAUUCCCGCAUUAACGGCGGCCGCAGCUCAAGGCGCGGCAUACAUAUGGAUACGACGUAGGAAGUCAACCUUAUACCGUAUUCUGUCCCUUUCACUAGUCCUAUCAACACUUGGCUCCCUCGUGGUAUCAAACCUCGUCCUUCUACCAAUCUCUUCGGCAAAUUAUCCAGGUGCACAGGCCAUUCAGAGAGUCCAUUUCCACGGCCAGGGCACCCCGUCACACGUCGUUCUAUACAUGGGAAAUCUCGCCUGUCAAACCGGAGUCACUCGAUUCCUUCAACAGCCACAAGAAGACACAGACGCAGCAACGACGAAAUGGACCUACGACAAAACCGAGAACUCGACUCUCAAGUCCACACCGACUUUUUGGUCAAACAUCGACUACGCACUCGUCGAAGACAAUGAACUCGCGGAGCUCAGAUCCCAUUCUGCGGACCCUGAGUCAUGGCAAGUCAUAGACACGAUUACCGGAUUUGCCGGGUUCAAACUGAUCAAACCAUCCGAUAGCGAACAGCCGCAGCUGCGUACUGGGGACCAUUUCCACAGCAGUAGUAUCGAAAUUGAUGCAAUCAAAUGGCUCGCCGGCGACAAAGGAGUUGAAUGCUAUGAAAAGAUCCGAGAUGGAUUUGCGAGACGCUAUUUGACCGGGGGAUAUUGGGUAGAGAUGAGUCUGGAGCCGAAGAUCAGGGUUGUGAAACAUUUAGCAUCUAAUCAAAGCUAA